UGAAGAAGCUUUUAGCGAAAAGUCGAAGAAGCAAAUCCAUCCAGAGGCGGGGAACCAAAGUAGCCAACGGAUCCGUCAUGGCAGCUCGUAAGAGAGCUUCUUCAGUCACUAAUUCGGCCAAACCAGCUUCAUCUGAACCUACCCCGGCGACGAAGGAGCAGAAACCCACUGUUUCCGGAGAAGAUUUCCGUCUCGCACCGCCGAAAUUGGGAGUGAUCUUUGUGAUCUCUUCGCUUCUGUGUUCGCUUUACCUUUACCUUCUCUGUUUCCACUACAAUGUUGACAAUGAGCUCAAGCGUCCGAUUCUUAUUAACGCUGGGCUUAGCUUGGUUGGGUUCUUUGUCACACUCAAAUUGAUUCCUGUGGCUGCUAGAUACGUUCUCAGGCGUAAUAUGUUUGGUUUUGAUAUCAAUAAAAGAGGCACUCGUCAAGGACAAGCUAAAGUGCCUGAGUCAUUGGGAAUUGUUGUCGGUAUUGUCUUCUUGAUAGUGGCGAUAGUGUUUCAGUUCUUUAAUUUCACAGAAGAUUCGGUGUGGCUUGUGGAGUACAAUGCAGCUCUGGCAUCUAUUUGCUUCAUGAUUUUGCUUGGAUUUGUAGAUGACGUCCUUGAUGUGCCUUGGAGAGUGAAACUUCUCCUGCCAUCUUUUGCAACCCUUCCUCUGCUGAUGGCAUAUGCUGGACAUACAACUAUCGUCAUACCGAAACCUCUAGUUUCUUAUGUUGGCUUGGAAGUGCUUGAUCUAGGACGAAUAUAUAAAUUAUAUAUGGCGCUACUGGCUGUCUUUUGCACAAAUUCUAUAAACAUUCAUGCUGGUCUGAAUGGCCUUGAGAUCGGUCAAACCGUAGUUAUUGCAGCUGCUAUCCUGAUACAUAAUGUCAUGCAAAUCGGAGGAUCUGUUGAUACUGAGUAUCAUCAAGCUCAUGCCUUCUCAAUCUACCUUACUCAGCCGUUGAUGUCAACAUCACUGGCAAUGCUUGCCUACAAUUGGUACCCUUCUGCAGUUUUUGUUGGAGACACUUACACAGUCUUUGCUGGAAUGACUAUGGCAGUUGUUGGUAUUCUUGGUCACUUCAGUGAAACCCUCCUAAUCUUUUUUCUUCCACAAGUGUUGAACUUUCUACUGUCGCUUCCGCAGCUUGCUGGCAUUGUGAAAUGUCCACGGCAUCGUCUCCCCAAGUUUGAUCCAGCUACGGGACUGUUGACGGGAACAAAAGAUGGGACACUGGUGAACGUCUACUUGAGGAUAUUUGGUAGGAAAUCAGAAAAGACUCUAUGUAUUCAUCUUCUUGUUUUCCAGGGUCUAGCUUGCGCCUUUUGUUUCAUGCUUCGGCAUUUCCUUGCUGGUUGGUACAAAUAAAAAUCCCUGCGACCAGAAGAAUCUCUCUAUAUAUAUAUAUUUACGGUGUUGGUGGUCCUCGUUUCUUCUCUCUGCCUUCACAAAUCACACACACACAGACAGAACUUGUUUUUUGUUUCAUGUCCAAUCUAUUAGUGUCCAUCAUUUUAGUUUACUUACAUAGAGAGUUUCUCAUCUAAGGAGAGUUUAUCACAAAUGAACGAAUCAGAACCAUCCAUCUAAAUUACACAAAUCAGUCAUCAUUCACUACAA